CUCUCUCCCCCCCUCCUCUCUCUUCCACAUCUCCGGUGUUUCGUUCUUUUACCUUCUACUCUCUUCCCCACCUCAACUUUGUGGUGGUUUUCUUUGAUUGCUUUUGUCAUUGAGAGAAGUGUGUGUGUGUAUGUAUGUGGUAGUUUUUUUUGCCUUUUGUUUAUUUGAGUUUCUCAAUCGCCCAGCUUGUUCCCAUCUGACGUGUGUGUGGGGGAAAAGCCUUUGAUGUCCUGGUGACAAAGCUAGCUAGCUAAGCUAUCGAUUUCAACGCCGAUCCUAUCUUCCAACCUCCUACCUCUACCGACCUUACGGAAGAAGCUUCACUCAUUCCGACCCAUCUCCGCGAAUACAAUCGAGAUCCUGAUCUUCUACCAUGCUGCUCCCGCGGCUCUCGUCUCUCCUAUGCCUUGCCGGCCUGGCCUCUGUCCCCUUGGCCAGCGCCUACGACGGUGAAGAUGUCAAGAGCAUUCCGCUUCGGACUCAUAGUCUCGCACCGCCAUACUUGGAUUCCGACUUCCAAAGCCGCUGGUUCGAUUUUGGUGGUGACACGAUAAUCCGCGCGGACCAAUAUAUUCGUCUUACCUCCGAUCGACCGUCGCAGCAGGGUUGGAUCUUCUCGCGGGUUCCUUUGACCGCGACGAACUGGGAGAUUGAGUUUGAAUUCAAGAUCCACGGAUCCGGCAACCUGCAUGGUGAUGGGUUCGCCAUGUGGCUCACCAAGCAGCGCGCGACGCAGGGCCCCGUCUUCGGCUCGACGGAUAACUUCGAGGGCCUCGGUAUCUUCUUCGACACCUACAAGAACAACCGCCCCGGUACUACGUUCCCGUACGUCAUGGCCAUGAUGGGCGAUGGCCAGACCUCCUACGACCAGGCGCACGAUGGUCGCGCCAAUGAGUUGGCGGGGUGCUCUGCUCGCGGUCUCCGGGGCGCGUCUAUCCCCACCAAGGCCCGCUUGACCUACUUCCAGGAUAAGUCCCUGACGCUGGAGCUGCAGUACAAGAAGGAGGACACCUGGAUCCAGUGCUUCGAGCUCAACGCCCAGGACCACAACAUCGCCAUCCCCUCGGUUGCUUACCUCGGCUUCUCCGCCGAGACCGGUGAGCUGAGCGACAACUUCGACAUCAUCUCCGUCAAGUCCCAGAAUCUGUACAGCGUGGGUGGCAAUGCCGGCGGCAAGGGUGGCUUGCCGCGCGCCCGCGGACAGGACUCGGCUAAGGUCAAGCGCAGUAAGAAGAAGGGCAGCUGGGGCUGGUUCUUGUUCAAGGUCGUCUUGUUCUUGGCUGCCGUCGUGGGGGCUUAUGUGGGCUGGACUGCGUAUCGGUCCAAGCAGCGUUACUCGAGGUUCUGAAGUGGUGGCGUGGAUAAGUAAGUAGUUUAGUUAUUUGUGAAUGCGUAUAUGAUUCGAUUGGGC